AAUUAACACUGCAUUCAAACCCAACUCAUCCUUUCCAAAACUUUGGUCUUUGUCGUUAUCUGGUUGCGACUUGAGUGAAUUCCCAAGUAUUUUAAGAAGUGUAAGUCAGUUAGAGUAUUUAGAUCUCUCUGAAAAUAAAAUUAGUGGUCAAAUACCUAAUUGGAUGAGGGACAUUAGAUGGGAUACUUUGACCUAUCUAAAUCUUUCCCACAACUAUCUGACCAACAUAAAGCAACUUCCAUGGAAGAAUCUUGAUAUUCUAGACCUUGAUUCAAACAAGCUCAAUGGUUCACUUCCAAUUUUGCCACCUUCCUUGACAGUCUUAUUGUUGUCAAGCAACAAAUUGAUUGGAGAGAUACCACAUUUGAUCUGCAAUUUGAAUUCCAUACAAAUUCUAGAUCUUUCUAAUAAUAGCUUUAAUGGUAACAUUCCAAUAUGUAUGGGAAACUUUAGAAAUCUCCAUGUGUUGGAUUUGAGGAAAAAUAAACUAAGCGGCACCAUUCCAGGAAGCUUUGCCAAAGGCAGUCCAUUGAGGACUUUCAACUUCAAUGACAAUGAAAUUGAAGGGCCAAUCCCACGAUCUUUGGUCAAUUGUAUGAAGCUUCAAGUUCUAGAUAUCGGUAAUAACAAGGUAAUUGAUACCUUCCCAUAUUGGCUACAGAGUCUUCCUAAGUUGCAAGUUCUUAUACUUCAUUCAAAUAAAUUUUACGGUUCUGUACAUGGGUUUUGCUCAGAGACUAAACAUUGUUUUCCUAAGUUGAAAGUAUUUGACAUUUCAAACAAUAAAAUCGGUGGUCCAUUGCCAGUUUGGUAUUUCAAAAAUCUUCGAGCCAUGAAGGAUGUUAGUGAACAUGAGAGGAAGUUGCAAUAUAUGGGUGAAAAUUAUUAUCAAGAUUCUCUGGUCGUGACAUUGAAAGGGUGUGAGAUUGAACUAAAGAAAGUUAUUUCUAUUUUCACUACCAUUGAUUUUUCAAGCAAUGACUUUGAUGGUGUGAUUCCAGAAGUAAUUGGACAGCUUCAUGCACUUUAUCUUCUCAAUCUUUCUCACAACAAUCUAUCUGGUUGUAUCCCUUCAUCCUUUGGAAAUUUGAUGACUCUUGAGUCAUUAAACCUUUCUUUCAACAGACUUUCAGGUGAGAUUCCUAUUCAAUUAAUAAGUCGAACAUUUCUCUCAUUAUUAAACCUCUCACACAACCAACUUCAGGGAUCUAUUCCUCGAGGAAAUCAAUUUGACACAUUUCAAAAUGAUUCCUAUAUUGGAAACCCUGGGUUGUGUGGACCGCCAUUGUUGAAGAAAUGUACAAAUGAUGAGUCGCACUCACUGAUACCAUCAACCUUCCAAGAUGAAGAUAAUGAUUCGAAUUGGUUGGAUUGGGAAAUCAGCUUGAUGGGUUAUGGAUGUGGACUUGUAUUAGGAAUUUCUAUGGGGUAUAUCGUAUUUACGACAAGGAAACCACAGUGGUUUGUAUGGAUGGUUGAACGAGCAGAGGCAAUGGUGCUGAAAAGGUUGAACAGAAGAUACUGGGGAAGAAGAAAUUAAUUUCAAAGGGCUUGAUUGCAUGGAAUUGCAGCAUCUGGGAGAGAGCAUGAGAAGCUACCACAUGUAAUCUUUGAAGUUGAAUUGAAGAGUUGAACAGUUCAAAGUUUCUGAAGUUUGAAUAGUAAGUCUUGAAAAUUCAUGUAAGGUGGUGUAAAAUAAUUUAGUUUGAAUCUUAUCAGUUUGACAGAA